UAAUGUUACCUUUAACUCACGAAUAAGUUUAAAUGUUAUAUAAAGAUAAUGUGACAUAGACAAUUAAUUUAAGUGUGACUGUACCCUACUCUGCUAUUUGAGUCUACAGUAAUUUUCUAAUUACAGAAGAUCAAUACAAGCCUUUACAAGAAAUAAAUUAUUUAAAUGCAAUUUGGACUAUAAUAAUAAAGUAACAUAUUAAUCAUGAAAACUUCAAAGAGAAGAACUGAUAAGGAACGAGAACACUCCAAAGAUGAUAUCUUAAAUAAGAAGCAGGAAGAGAGAUCCAAGAAAAGUGUGUACAGCGUGUCUACACCACGAAAUUUUGUACAGAAAUCAUCUGCCGCUGAUAUUUACGCGAGAAAAGAUGCGGUUAAAGCUCCGAGAAAGAUCGCAUCGAAUAGAAACAGCGACGUGUUUCCAAUGAAAGAUUUACUUAAAUCAUCAUCUUCAUCAGUAAGCCAAGUAAGCACAAGGAGUUAUAAAAGCAAAACGCCUGUCAAAGACGUGAAGGCAAUACCGCUAUCAGCCAGAUCUGCAGUUAAAUCAAUUAAUGCACCGAACAGAAAGUUACCUUUCACCAACGUGACCGUAAAUUCUCCAAUAGUAAAACGAAAAUUGAAUCUAGAAGACGAAGGAGCUAAGGUUUUACCGAAAACUGAAAGUAAAGUCGCGGGGAAAAGAGAGAGAACAAAUACAAGGACUUUAGACGAAGCUGAAAUAAAAGUUUUAACUAGUGAUGUGGUGGACAACAACACGGAGCUAUUAAAAUUGAACCAAACAUUGAGCGCUAAGCCGAAAGCAUUUUUCAUUGAUCUAGAAGACAAGAAAAUAAAAGAUAAAUCCAGCGACGAAGAGGUCAGUUAUGAGGAUGAUUUUGAGAGCUACGAGUCCGAUUUCGAUUCUUAUCACAGUGAAUCCAAUCGCAGUUCCGCUGGGGAUGCGAAUGGCAGUGAUGACGAUGAUGGAUGUGAUAAUAAUGUUCAUCACGAAUCAUCAUCCAGAGAGGAAAGCAAAUUGGAUUCCGGUAACUUCGACCUCCCGGAACGGCACAAAGAUAGGAUAAAUCCCAUGGAAUAUAUAGACGAGGUUCCAGAGAGUGAUAAGAAGAUCUCUCUCACGGAUGAGGGCUUCCAGGAUAUGUCAUCAGGACUGUCAAGUAUGAAGACGCUGCAUGUGGAUAUAUUAGACAGACCUCUGUUCAUUGACUUCACGGAAUCCGAUGCUAACAGAAAGAGACGGAAGAUAUUCGAAAGGCUCAGAAAAAGAGCAGAGGACAUCACGAGCAUGGUGAAAUUUCAUGAAAUUUCGUACAAUUUGUUUGAAAUGAAACCGAUCCCAUACGAAUUAUACAUGGCGAGCUUCGGACGGUACAACUACACGCAGACAUCCGUGCAGACCUUCGACGACGGGGUCUCGGAAGAGGUCCAGACUGAGGAGGUUUUAAUGUGCACCAAAUGGACCCAGCAUCCAAUCGAAUUUUCCAAUCAAAUCAUACAUCUGAACGGACAGGAUUACUUAAACAACACGACCGAAAAAUUUCACAACAAAGAUGUGAUGAAUAAAGCCAAUAUCAGAGAUACAUAUAUAAACAAUCCUCUGAGAAUAUAUUUCGAGCAAAAAGAUGGCGUUGGUAACGACGCAGUGUUGCCAUAUGAUGGAUAUAAAAAUAAACUAAAGAAAAAUCAAUACGACGCUAAUAAGCUGAGGAAGUUUAUGAAAAGAGUCGAGUCCAGGGUAUGCAAUGUCCUGAGCAAGAAUGCUGGCAACAUUAACAUGUCGAAUCUAGUGAGGACCUCAAAAUUUCCGUUCAGCACCGGGUACAUGGCUAUAUGUACGAAGAGUUUGAACGAGGAGUCGUUAGUGAAGGACACUGAGAUAACCGGUGUCGUUUUCUCUGAUAGUAAAAGUAAUUUGAUUAUCACAAUACAUAAGAAGUUUACUGUGGGCGUGUUGAAAAAUAAAUGCGCUCUGUGUCUUUGGGAUUUGAGUGUCGCGAGAGUGGAGCCAUUGAAGACCUUGAUGGCAUCUGAUGAUGUCAAAAUUGGUAAAUUCAGAGGCAGCACCGAUGGCUAUUUCGUUGGAGCUUUGGAAGAUGGGUCCAUAAGUCUCUGGGAUUUAUCAGAGGAGGCGUGGUGGAGUCACGACGCUAACACGUUGGCUGAUGAUAGGGUCAGAGAAUCAAAUCUCAGUCAGUGUGAGUUGGACAGAGAGUGGAACUUGAGGAAUAACAGCAAUUAUGUGAAGUUACAGCAACAAAGGUACAUCGCACAAGUCAGCGCAUUCGCCAGCAGCGGUAUAAACGUCUGUGAGGACAUCUCGGUAGAUAGCAUCGUGGGCUUGGAGUUCACAGACUACACAGGUUCCGUUGGAAGCGAUGUUAUUGGACAGAUUUGUUCUCUACAACGUAUAGGUGUUUUGACGAUCUGGUCGAUUAUAAGGGAGAGGGGGGUAAAAUCGGAUAUAGGCAAGGCUUUGUGGUCGAAAAUUAAACUGAAGAGGUCCCAAGUGAUAGUUCUGUCAGAACAUCUAGAAGCUAAUAGAACAGUUGGCACCGAUUUCAAUUUGAACUCGGCGAAGAAAAGAAUCGCAGCGAGGAAACGGGAGAAAAAUAUCAUUAAACGGCAACACUCGCGACCGAAAUCUAGUUCUACAUUCGAAUUGGAUAGGACAGAUAGUGUUGCCAUCAAUAAAACUGACACAAAUUUUUGGGAGAAUGGAAUCAUUUGCAGCGAUUUGAAAAUAAUACAUUUGAAAGUUGACAACUAUCUGGUGGGGAAGAAUUUGGGUGAAGUGUUGUGUUGUAUGAAGAAUAUGGGGGGAGUUAAAAUUAAUAGAUUCACAGUAGCUAACUCCUCAACCAUGGUUACGUGCUUGCAAACUACGAAACUACCCUACUUUCUGGCGGCCACCGAUACGGGAACCAUCAACUUGUGUUCUCUCAUAGAUUACAGAGUUCUACUCACUUUGGAUUGCAGAAAUAUAUCAACGCCCGCAACAGACAAGUGUCUGUCCGACAACAAAGGCAGGUUCGUUGAAAGCAGAACUGUUAGGAAAACACCGCUAGAUGGCCAUCCAAUAACAUCUCUGUACUGGUCGUACACAAAUCCUCUCCGUAUAUUGUGCGUACAGUCUAGAGUGUGUGUGUGGUCGCUCGCACAGAGUGAUGUGAACGCUCUCUGUGCAGACCGCGCCAUAUGCUGUGCUGGCAACGAUAGAGCUUUUGCGCUUCUAACACCGGAAGGCGUAGUUCAGAUAUACGAAUUAAGGGACGACGAAGAACACUUCAAAGAUUUAUUUAAUAAAUACGUCACGCUUUUAUGAAAUGUUAUUUUUAUUUUGCAGGUCAAAAUACAAAUUUUACAAUUUUACUGUUUUUUUAUGCGUAUUUGUAUAAAAAAAAUCACCAAACUAAAUUCUAUGAGCAUUUUAAUUACUUACUCUGUAUUAAUAUUGAGUUUGCGUCACUACAUACGGAGCUUUAAAUGUUUUUGAUACAUAAAUCUUCACAUAUAACAUUACUUUGGUUAUUUAAACGGAAACGGGAAACUCUUCGUGUGUAGUAACGAUUUACACUUGUGGUUAGCUGCUGUAUAUAUUGCAAUAAACAUUAAAGUAGAUAACAACAUUAUCAUAACCAAAAUAAACAAUUAUAUGUUUAUAUGUUGAUUAAUGAUUAAGUUAAUUUGUAUAAUAAAGUAA